GACUGUUUAAGAAAUUACUUGUUGUUAAAGGUUCUAUUGUAGGAUAGGAUGGAAUUUAUACCGAGUUCUGCAUUUCAGAAAAAUACAGAGGAUUGUUUACAAGUUGUUGAGACAACAAAUUUAGAGAAUUAUGGACUAGAUUAUGAGUUCCAAACACCAGCAAAUUGUACUACAGAGUGGAAUUUUAAUUGCGAAGAAAUCACUAUUGAACAGAAAAUAAAUUGGCUACCUAAAAGUACCAGUUAUUCAUUAGAUGUCUCACAGUUAAAUAAAUGGAUUGUCAAGGGACCUAAAAUCACCAUGAUAGAAUGUGAAAAUAAUUUUUGUGAUAAUACUGUUUUAAAGGAAAUUUUAAUUGCUAAGAAUAUUUUUAAUGUAUUAAAAGUACAAGACAUAUACAGAGCGAGAGCUAAGGCAAAUCCUUUUGAAACUAUAAAAUCAGCAUUUUUUAUGAACAGAGCAGCUUUAAAGAUGGCAAAUAUUGAUUCAUCAUCAGACUUUAUGUUUACAGAGAUAGCAUCUGAUAUGUUUGUGCUGGCCCAGGAGGAUUUACCGAAUAUAUUUUAUGGAGAAAAGGUUGGUUGUUCAAAGGUUUUGGUUUUACCUUAAAAGGUGAAAGUGAUUUUAAUUUAUACAAGUCCAUCUGUUGCUCUCCUGUAAUGUUUAAUGCAUUGUAUGGGUCAAGAGGUGAUGGAAAUAUUUAUUAUUUGGAAAAUAUCCUUCACUUUAAGCAAUAUAUUUUGCACGAAACCAAAGGUGAAGGUGUACAUUUUAUGAUGGCAGAUGGUGGAUUUUCAGUAGAAGGAUAUGAAAAUCUUCAAGAGAUUUUGUCAAAGCAGCUGUACAUUUGCCAGUGUCUUAUGGCUCUUGAAAUUAUCAGGUCAUAUGGACAUUUUGUCACAAAACUAUUUGAUACAUACUCCCUUUUUUCUGUUGGGAUUAUAUUUUUAAUGUCCCAAUGUUUUGAAAGUGUGGCAAUUUUUAAACCAAAUGCUUCAAGACCUGCAAAUUCAGAACGUUACUUAAUUUGUCGAAAUCUCAUUGUGAGCAAUGAGUUGGUGAAGAUUAGAGCGUAUUUUAGGGAGAUAGUUCAAGAACUAUUGCAUUUAAAAAGCAACAACAUAGAUCAGGAUGUUAAUCAAAUUGUUCCAUUAGAAGUUAUUAUGGCAGAUCAAAAGUUUUUUAAUUAUAUUUUUGAUACAAACAGUAGACUGGGGAAGAGGCAAUUAAUUGCUUUGAAUAAAAUAACUGCAUUUUGUUAUAAUCCUUUACUAAUUGAACCAAGACAAGCAGAAUAUCGAGAAAAGUGUUUGAAAUAUUGGAAAAUUCCUGAUUAUAUGAAAGUGAAACCAUCUGAUUUAGAUAUUGAUAAUUUACUACUUGAAACAAUUUCUGAGCCAAAAUUACUAGCUAUUCAGUCUCGAGAAAAUUUAUCUUUAAAGCAACUAAAAAUUAUUUUAGAUGAUCUGAAAAAGUGGCAUUAUGUUUUUCUUAGUUCUAACAGAAAUUGCCAUUUUUAUGCAGCUAUAAGCGAUGAUAAAGUUUACCGAUUAAUUAAAAAUAAAUGGGCCAGAAUAAAAACUGUCUAUUUGGUUAAAGGAACAAUUUUAUAUGGUGAAAUGGUAAAUGAAAAUAUAAUUUUUGAAGGCGAAAACGAAUCAAAUAUAAACUGUAGGCAAAGUUUACAUGUAAUUGAUGCCUUAAGAUUAGGAGAUACUAUUUUAGAGAAUGUAAACUUUAGGGAAAGGUCGAAAUUAAUUAAAAUCUACUGUNUCAAAAUCAAACAUUCUCAUCCACUCAUAUGUUUCGAAUUCAGAUAUUUGUAA